UUGGCGAGCCGCUCUGGUGCUCUCUUAAUAUUUUUUUUAGUUACAUCACCGAGGAUUUUCUCGACUGGUGUUAUGGCCUUGAAACUUUGUCAAUAAUUCAGAAAAAAUUCAAAUGUAGUAAAAACUGCAUUUAGACACAAUCUUAUGGGCAUUAUUUCCACACGACUGUGAUAUUUGUAACCAUUUCAAAUCAUAUAUUGUAUUUAAAUAAUUGUUGAUAGGGACAGUGACUAAUAUUCAUUACAUUAGUGAUACUAUCCCACACGUUCUCCUCGACUAAAAAGACGCGGCGGACCCUCAAGCAAAAGGACAUUAUACCUGGAUUAACACAAACUAGAUCACCUCAUACACUGCAUGAGCAACGGUACUUGACGUGUUGACGGUACACGCUACGGUGCUUUCUACGUGUUGACUGCUUGUUAUAGAGUGCUUGCCACGUAUUUACAAUACGUGCUACUGACUUGCCACGAGUUGACAGCAUAUGUUACCGAUGUGUUGACAUAUGUGCUACGUGUUCACAUUACGUGCUUCCGUGCUUGCUACGUGUUGACUACGUGUUACUGACUUGUCCCGAGUUGACAGUAUUUUCUACCGUACUUGCCACAUGUUGACAGUACGUGCUACCGAACUUGCCACUUGUUGAAUACGUGUUACAGACUUGCUACGUGUUGACUCGUGCUACCAUACUAGCUAUUUUUUGACUACUCCCAACUCAACUACUCAACAACAUUUCCCAGGUAUUUUUCAGUCGGAUACCAAUCACGUGUUUGGCACACCACGUAGUGACCUGAUCUAUCGCAUUUCGGUUGUUUGCCUCGAGUUGUUCAUAAUUUCGAUCUGCUGUAAAGUCGCCACCGCCAUCAUGUGAGAAUCCACUUAUACUGGUGCGAGUUCAGGGACUGCUAGCAAUAUACGUAAGUCCACUAUGUUAAUGUUAGGAGCGUGACGAUCACAGGGAAGCGUCAGUGUACCAAGCCACCUUGAACCUUCCAGUCUCGGCUUAGAUUUGUCUCCAAAGAGCACCAUGAGUGAGAAGAGCGAGCCGAGCGAGGCGCCCUCGACUGGCAGCAGCAGCAUGAAGGUCAACGUUAUGUACAGGGGAAUCGUGUACCGGGUGCGGGGCAUCAAAGUCCUCUGCUCUGUCGUCACCGCCGUCAUCUUGUUGCUCGUCGCCAUCGUCGGCCUCGGCGUUUGGAUGUUAGUCAGCGCCUACGCCGAAGAGAAAGUGGAAACCUUCGAUAGCGAUGUCAACGCCACGGAGCCCAGGUUAAUGCAUGUCCAGGGUCUUAGAGACACAGAUAAACCUUCAUCGACUCCCUCCACCAUAGAUUUCAACGCCCCAAGCGUAGUCCUGGAGGAGCUCUCUCUCGCGGCAAAAGUGCCCAUAACACACACUAACGAGGAAUUCCACAUUAACGAGGCGAUCGGCCACUUCCAGGGCGUAACGCCAGACAAGGAUCUCACAACAUCAUCCCGAAUUCCAGGUCCUGACCCAACCUUUGGCCUCUUUGGGGGUUUGCUGGAGCUUGGAAGUGGAGGCUCUGAAGGGACCACACCUGUCGCAGAUAUUGCGAAGCCUGACCCAUGGCAGCCCAUGGACAUCACCCACGGUAGUGACAGCCUCGUACAACACUCCGAGAACAGACCUGUGGUAGUCCCUCCUCCCUCAGAUAGUUACAGUGAAUACAGUGAGGGCGUGUCAGAGUAUGUACACAACGAUAACAGAAAAGUGGAUGACUUUUCAGAUGAGAACUUUUCAGGUUACCCACUUCAAGGUGGUCUUCCUGACAACAUUCCUCGGGACAUUGAUCCUAUGCUGCUCGACAUGGGGCUACCAUUUCCAUAUCCACCAUCAUUCCCCACGACAAAAACACCCACAGCCCUCUCCACCCCUCUUCCAAGGAGACCCAUUAACCCAAAUCAUCAUGAAGGUCCGCAACAUACGCCUUCGGAAAUCAGUCGAGGUCAGCUCUCCAUACGACCUCCCAACUCUCGCCAACCGUACCAACAACAUCCAGCGUACGAUCCCCGACAUCCCUAUGACUACCGCGAUCAAUCAGCUCAUGACUUCAGCGACCAACCAGUAAACGACCGUUCACAAUCUCACGAUUACGACGAUCAUCCAGAAACCUACGACUACGAUGACCAGGACCAUGAUCAGUCAUACAUUCAAGAGAAUCAAGGUGACUCACAACAAACUUACGAGCACUACUUCACACCAUCACUACAAGGCAGUCGCCGACCCUACCAGCCCUCGAGUCAGAGAGAAGCUCCAACUGAUAAUAAUGAGAUGAAAAAUUCCCCAGACACUUCUGGUUAUGACAACUCUCAACAAUACACUGCCAACAGAGGCGACCAAACAUCACACGGUUUCACGAUGCCAGCAGGUGUCAAGAUGCCACCAGGUAUUACAAUGCCACCAGAUAUUACGAUACCACCAGGUGUUACGAUACCACCAGGUGUUACCAUGCCACCAGGUGUUACGAUGCCACCAGGUAUUACGAUGCCACCUGGUAUUACGAUACCAACACGGAUAUCGUUACUAGAAGGUGUCACCCUCCCAGAGAACUUGGAGAGACUCCGAAAUUCUGCAGGAGAAAGACCGGACCAUGUUCGACCAGGCCCAGCAGGGUAUUUUGAUGAUAUGAUGUACUAUUACAACAAACAUGAGCGAAAAGCCACAACAACAACAACAUCGGUCUCACCAUCUGUCUUCGGCGAGUCGCAGUACAGCCACAGAAAGGGCCUGACGCAAGAAGACAGUGGGUACUCUGGACCUCCAGUGGUUGGGUACGGUGAUAAAGUCCAAACCAUAGACCACCGCCCAACUAAUCCCGCAUUUCACCAUUUCUGGAAUGCUUAUAAUCAUAACGGCCAACUACCAGCUGAGCACGAUGACAGAGGACCUGUUCCUGAAGAAGCUUCAACACAAAGUUGGAAUUCACCACCACAAAGAAGACCGCGACCUCCUUUUAGUGCUCCUCGACCUAGCCGUGGUGGCCUUCAUCUUAACAGUGGUGGCCCUCGAACUAGCCAUGGUGACCCUCAACCUAACAGUGGUGGCCCUCGAACUAGCAAUGGUAGCCCUCGACCUAACAAUAGUGGCCCUCAACCUAGCAACGGUGGCUUUAGACCUAGUAAUGGUGGCCCUCGACCUAACAAUGGUGGCCCUCGACCAAAUAAUGGUGGCCCUCAACCUAACACUGGGGGUCCUCGGCCUAACAAUGCUGGGCCUCGACCAAAAAUUCGAGGUCUUCUACCUAAUAGGCAAGGCAACCCCUUACCUUCACGGCCAGAUGCUGAACGGCCCCCGGUACAAAUUCCAAAUCGAAGCCUUUGGGUUGAACCGAACCAUCGACCUCCGACACAGACAGCUCCAAGGCCUGAUCACGCCCCUUCCCCGAACCACAGGCCUCUACUGGGACCUUUAUAUGACAUAUAUGAAUACUCUCAGAGGCUAGCAUCUACGUUAUUAAGCUUCCCUUCAAAAAUAGAUGGCCGUUUCAAUGAAUCUAGAGAAGAAUAUAUGCAAAACGAAGUUGAAUUAUUGGAAGAUUACAACAAGGUGUUCAAAGAAGCGGACACAACCAGCGCUGACGUUUUGCCAGAUAUGUUUGACGAUAGACCUGGCAGGAAUGAGCGCCUCAUGCUCAUCGAUUCUGAGAAACUUCGAACUUUGAACCCCUUUGAGCUAUCACUCAUCACCUGGACAUUCCUAGACUUUUGGGAAUUCCUCAUUGAGAAAGUUGGCACCCUCUCCAAAGAAGACCUGCAACUUCUUGAAUUGAGACUGGAGCGUCUGAGGCAAAACAAGGACCGUGUACUUACGCAAAACUUCAUGACUGCGACUGUCAAUCAAGUCUCUCAUGAGUCUGAGAGAAGCCUAUCUGAAAUUACUCAUGCAAUCGCCAUGGCUGAAGAUCUUUCUGAGACUCUCCCAGUUGUUGAGAAAGUCGGAGACACCGCCAGUACCAACAUUUCAUCCCAUGAAGUGCCCGAGGGACGCAUGUGGGAUCCACUCGGCAUGUUCAGCUCUGAGCAGCGUGUGAAAUUUAUGGAGUUCGCCAUCAAAGUAUUAUUUAAGUUUGGACGCGUUUAUCUGAAGAAGCGCUACGCGUUAGAUUGCAUGAUGUUGCUGUUCUGCAAAGAUCUCAAUGCUAACGCCAAGAAGACUGGAAUGGACGGCAUGGCCGCCAAGCUAAAAAGCGUGGGCCUGAAGGUGCUGGUUGAACGCGAGAACCGUCAGAUGGACACCAUUGGGGAGAUCUGGCGCUCUCUCACCAACUGGGAGACUCUCCAGUGUGACGUCAUGUUUCCCAAGUGUGAUGGACCCAAGGCCCUGGAGAUCGUCAACGAUGUAGCUCUGGGAGCUCGCAAGUAAGGAGUUAGUAAUCUCCAAGGUGUCCUCCUCCAAUGACUGCCGUCGCCUGCGGAACCUUGGUAAUAGACAGUGAUGUCCUCGUCGUUGAAGCCUGGCGAGAGAAUUCUAGAUGGAAAUUCUCUCGGCUUGAAUUUUGGACAAGGAGGAUCAUUGAGUAUUGUGGUGCUCUCCUCUACUCUACUGGGGGAGGACCUCGCGUGACAUCAUGAGAGGCUUCAGUACUGCAGGACUUCUUCCCGGGUGUCGCUACCCAUCGACUAACAUAUCAGUAAUAUAGGGAACUGGCGUGAUACUGUCUUGAUCAAGCUGUGACUAUCUCAAAAUUGUAUAUUUGUGUUGUCUGUGACGCUUCACAACAACCUACCUGACACACAUCAGUCACUGACCGUCGUGAAAGCAGGUGUCACUUCAGUAUAUUCAGUGUCAGGGAUACUGAAUCUUCACGAUAAAUAUACUCACAAGAAGUAUCGUUAAGACGUGUAGAUGAUAAGCUUCAGGUGCUUCCCCUCUCAACCAAUGUUCACAAUAAAUAAAGUUGAAGGAGAGGCGUGUGAAAGCGGUGGCUGUCCUGGGGGAAACUUGUAAUAAUCUGCACAUUUGUAAAUAAUGUAUUUGUGUUUGUAUCUGUUUAACUAAUGAACGGUCAAGGCUCAACACUAAUCACUAUGAAGUAUUGUAUUACUAUUGUGACUGUUGACCUCUCCCUGCUCACGGCUGAGUCACCUUGACCUCCCACAACUGUACAAAUGGUCGCCACCACCACUUCUCCACCGGGAUGAGUGGAAGCUUUUUGGUUGACAAAUUGUUCUCGUGUUAUUUAUAUUGUUAUCCUUUGCUAGGAAUUUAUUUAUUGCAUAUCUGCAACUAUUUAUUUGUUGUUUGUUAGCUAUAAGGUGUUGUCAUGGCCUUAUUAGUGUGACAAUAAAUAAUUUUAUGUA